GAACGGUUCUUCCACUACCGAGUACCAUGGCCGAUAACGGGGGGUUUUUCCAUGCUCGCUUCCUAGUACCUGGAGAUGACUAUGGGCCAACAAGGUUUGCAAGGUUUGCGUGAGCGCCUUGGGUCUUUGUACGAGGUAGCACAUCAACCAGCGUUCCAGAUCCAGGAUUGUGGAUACGCGACCAUUCGGUCUCCUCCCAGCCGUCAACGCAACGACGACAAUUUCUUCUGGAGAGACAGGUCUACGUUCGAGGUGUCCUAGUGACCCUGUGUCGGCCUCUCCUCCGCCUCUCCUCCUUGAUAUAGAUUCCCCAGAUCCCCCAGACUCUGACCCCCAGCUUUGCUUCAAGCAGGAAGAUAACGACCUCUGUGACUUUUGCCCUUGAUCAAUCACAUACAACCAGGAGGUACAUUACACCCGUCGUUGAGGCGCGCCCAAAUCAGCAGAAAUGGAACUAUCACCAUCGCUGGUCCGGCUUUUUAUCGUUCUGUUCGUUGCUCUGGGCUCCUUGACCUAUGGUUACUGUGCGUCGAUUAUCGCAACCACACUGGGACAGCCUUCCUUCAUCAGCUACUUUGACCUCGACACUCGAUCCAACGCCACCGACUUGACUGGUGCCAUCAAUGGGCUUUUCCAAGCUGGCGGUCUCUUCGGAGCCCUCUCCUGCAUCAAGUCGGCAGACUGGCUCGGUCGUCGAAAGGCAAUCUUGGCAGCCGCCAUCGUCACAAUCAUCGGAGGAGCUCUGCAGGCUGGCAGUGUGGACAUUGGAAUGUACAUUGUCAUGAGAUUCGUCACUGGCUUUGGUAUCGGUGCUUUGGUCACUCUGGUUCCGCUUUAUCAAAGUGAAAUCAGCCCUCCUCGCAUCCGGGGAUGGCUGGUCGGCAUGCACGGAGUCCUUAUUUGCGUCGGCUAUGCCGUAGCGUCGUGGGUCGGGUUCGGGUUCUACUUUGUGAAUGCCAGCGGUGCUCAAUGGCGAAUCCCCUUGGCCAUCCAGUGCUUCCCGCCAUUGUUCCUCUCGCUGGGGGUGCUGUUCCUCCCAGAAAGCCCGCGAUGGCUCCUCGAUCACGAUCGCGUGGAGGACGCCUUCAAGUCCUUCAAGGCGGUCCGCGCAGAGACAACCGACAGCAUCCUGGACGACGAGGCCGCCAUACACGCCGAGUUCAAUUUGCUUCAAGGCCAGAUCCUGCACGAAAAGCUGGAGGCCCUGUCCCUGAUGGAUCUUUUCCGCAACCCGCAUAUGCGAAAGCGAUGCAUCGUCGGGUUCCUCACGCUCUUUGGAGCCCAAGGCACCGCCACCCUGGUCAUCAAUAACUAUGGUCCGUCGCUCUACGCUUCUCUGGGAUUCGACACCGUCAAUACUCUGCUGAUCCAAGCUGGGUGGAUCACUGUAUGUCCUGUGGGCAACUGGAUCAAUGCUUUGGUGGUGGACAAGGUCGGCCGGACGCGGUUGCUGAUGUUCGGUUUCGCCGGCUGCGUCAUUGCGCUGAUCGGAGAAUGCGUGACGGUGGACGUCUUCCAGCGCACCGGUCACCGCAGCGCCGCGAGCGCCGCCGUCUUCUUCCUCUUCCUGCACAUCGGCUUCUUCUCCGUCUCCUGCGACGCGACCUCGUACAUCUACGCCAGCGAGAUCUUCCCCACGCCGGUCCGCGCGAAGGGCUUGGCCAUCUCCGUCUCGGGCCUCUUCGUGGCGACCAUCAUCUUCCUCCAGUGCGCGCCCGAGGCCUUUGCCAACAUCGGCUGGAAGUACUACAUCGUGUUCAUCGUCAUCACCACCAUCAUCUUCUUCGUCGUCUGGUUCUGGUUCCCCGAGACCAAGGGUCGCUCGCUCGAGGACAUCGGUGAGUUGUUCGGCGACUCGAUCGAACCGGCACAGCUGGACGACAAGGUCCACGAGGAAAAUGUGGAAGAGGUGCAUCCCGGCGCGGGCCAUGAGAAGUACUGAUCGGCGGAUGUCAUCCAACCCGAAUCCGAAAAGGAUGUAUUACUUGGUCCACCGUGCGAUAGACUGGAAGACUCGAAAAGGACUGGACAAUGCCUAGUUACUCAGGCUGGACCUCUUGUACGAAGAGGAUCUGAAAGUGUAAUUACUAUUUUGAUGCUUAGACGAGAUGCGACAAGAACUUGAAGGCUGAGCCAGACUCGACGCGUUGGCGGCUGAACCUAGCAUUUGAGAAAUCAUACUGCGAUCAGAAGUACCUUUUGCUCAUCUGGUUCCCGAGUUGUUAGCAAGCGG